GAAAAAGAAAAAACCCCAACCCCUGACGACUCACCUGAUUAACCUGCUGCAGUUCUGACCCUGCCAAGUGCUGUUGGGAAAGUGUUCUGCAUUCAGUAGCAUUGUUGGCUGUCCCCUGUAAUGAAUUUCUGGAGAAUGAAAGCCCUGAAAACCAGAAGAAUUGAGGCCUUAUUAGUAUUUUGAGCUGGCAAUUUACUGGUUCAUCAACGAAACAAUAUUGAAUUAUGAAGAUGUAAGAAAAAUUCCUGUGCACACGUUGUUGAAGUUUAAAAGUUUUCUAGGGAGCCCUAUAAUAUUCAGAAGACGAUAGAGGAGACUCCCAGAGCUGAAAGGGCUUCUCUGCAGAAUGUCAAGCAAAGAUCGACACAUUGAUUCUAGCUGUUCGUCAUAUAUCAAGACGGAACCCUCAAGCCCUGCCUCCUUAACGGACAGCAUCAACCACCACAGCCCCGGUGGCUCUUCAGACGCCAGCGGGAGCUAUAGUUCAACCAUGAAUGGCCAUCAGAAUGGACUUGACUCACCACCUCUGUACCCUUCUGCUCCUGUCCUUGGAGGUAACGGGCCUGUCAGGAAACGAUAUGAUGAUUGUUCCAGCACCAUUGCAGAAGAUUCACAGACCAAGUGUGAAUACAUGCUAAAUUCGAUGCCCAAGAGACUGUGUUUGGUGUGUGGUGAUAUUGCAUCUGGGUACCACUAUGGGGUAGCUUCAUGCGAAGCUUGCAAGGCCUUCUUCAAGAGGACAAUUCAAGGUAAUAUAGAAUACAGCUGCCCGGCCACAAAUGAAUGUGAAAUCACAAAGCGCAGACGCAAAUCCUGCCAGGCUUGCCGUUUCAUGAAGUGUCUAAAAGUUGGCAUGCUGAAGGAAGGGGUGCGUCUUGAUAGAGUACGUGGAGGUCGCCAGAAGUACAAACGCAGAAUAGAUGCAGAGAAUAGCCCAUACCUGAACCCUCAGCUGGUUCAGCCAGCCAAAAAGCCAUUGCUCUGGUCCGUUCCUGCAGAUAACAAGAUUGUCUCACAUUUGCUGGUGGCUGAACCAGAGAAGAUCUAUGCCAUGCCUGACCCUACUGUUCCAGACAGUGACAUCAAAGCUCUCACUACCCUCUGUGAUCUGGCAGACAGAGAAUUGGUGGUCAUCAUUGGAUGGGCUAAGCAUAUUCCAGGUUUCUCUACUUUGUCUCUGGCUGAUCAGAUGAGCCUUCUGCAAAGUGCUUGGAUGGAGAUUUUGAUCCUUGGUGUUGUAUACCGAUCACUUUCUUUUGAGGAUGAACUUGUCUAUGCAGAAGAUUAUAUUAUGGAUGAAGAUCAGUCCAAAUUAGCAGGCCUCCUUGACCUCAACAAUGCCAUCCUGCAGCUGGUAAAGAAAUACAAGAGCAUGAAGCUGGAGAAAGAAGAGUUUGUCACCCUCAAAGCCAUAGCGCUUGCUAAUUCAGAUUCAAUGCACAUAGAAGAUGUUGAAGCAGUGCAGAAACUUCAAGAUGUCUUACAUGAGGCUCUUCAGGAUUACGAGGCUGGCCAGCACAUGGAAGACCCCCGUCGAGCUGGGAAGAUGUUGAUGACUCUGCCACUUCUGAGGCAAACGUCUACCAAGGCUGUGCAGCAUUUCUACAACAUCAAAUUGGAAGGCAAAGUUCCUAUGCACAAACUUUUUUUGGAAAUGCUGGAGGCCAAGGUCUGACUAAAAGCACCCUAGGCCUUCCCAUCAUGCACGCUGAAAAAGGGAAAAUAAACAAGAUAGUUAGUGGCAAAGAAACUUUAACGGCAACAACAACAAAAAAUGACUGCACUGAUCGUUUAGCAGCAAGACUGUGAUGCAGCUUUCAACUUCCUCUGUAUCUUUUGAUGCAAUCUCUCUACUUUAUCUCUUAUCUCAUUCACUUUCUCCCCCUUUCUUUGUUCCUUCCUUUCCUACAAGUGUUCCUUUUCACC